ACGCGCCGCCCGCGAAGGCCAUCACGCUCGCAACCAGUGGUCCGAGGGCCGAGAUGGUCAUCGGCUGCGCAAACUGCGAGUCUCGAUGGCCGCUGGGAGGUCGGCUAGUGUGGCGCACGGCGCCAGGGCAACCGCCGGCCGGAGGCAACGACGAGUCCGUCCUGUCGGACUUCCCGGACAUUGCGAUAGACGUGCCCGGCACCUGGACGCUAUGUCCCAGGCUCAACGUGCUCGUGCCCACAGCACCCGAGCGCAGCGCGCAGCGGAGCGCCAUCCGCGCCACCUGGGGCUGGCUGGGCCAGUACCCAAACUGCACCCUGCGCGUCGUCUUUCUCCUGAUACUGCCGGCCGAACGCAAGGAGGUCGCCGCCAUCAAGAAGGAGUACCAAGUAUUCAAGGACAUCGUGGCCCACAAACGGGCAUCCGGCGUGCGCCUGCAGCCGUCCUCGACGGCUGCGCUGAUCGUCGAGUGGGUGCCCAUGCACCUGCACGCACUGCAGUGGGCCGUGCGCGUCACCGACGACACGCACGUGCGAGUGCUCGCGCUUCUGGACGUCCUGGAACGCUGGGCGCCCGGACCGCGCGUGUUCGGCCGCGCCUCUGCGGACCGCGGUCACCUGGAAGGCUGCGCGUACGCGGCCAAGUCCCAGGACUUCCUGCGCCUGCAGCCGGCCUUCGACAGCGAGAGCCUGGACCAGGACGAGGGUCUUUUGGUCACGGGACGCCUGGCGCGGCAGGCGGGACUCGUCCCGACGCACCUGGACGGCGUCGGACCGUGCGGUGACAGCGAGGCGGCCGCGGUCGUGAACGAACGCUUUCGGACCGGCAACUUCUCCGCGACCUACCUGACGAUGCGAGGACUGUCGCCCGAGCAGAUGGCCGCGCUUCAUAGCGGCCAGCGUCACGAGCGCUAACACACUACGAACGCGAGACCCGAAUGCAUUCGGGUCGUGCAGCGACCACUUCAUUUGUAUUAAACUAC